AUGGCCCGUCUCAACACAAAUACACCAACCGCUAGCAUCGCCCCCGACCGCACAAAGCUACGCACCACUCGCACCAAAGGUUCCUCACAGAGGUCUAAGAUCGGACCGGGUUUCGCCUUCGACAUUUUCCCAGACGACGACCAAAUACCGGGCGAGCCACCGAGCCAGAGUCCAUAUACUCCCUCAGGAUCAACAACAAAGCAGAAGAAGAAGCGAACAUUAAAAACAUCACAGGUCAACUCCCUCCUGCUCCCGCUGCAGCAGAGACCACGCCAAAGGCCAAACGUGAAAGUGGAACAAGAUGACUACGACAAGGAGAAUGAUAUAACGGGAGAUGCAACGGAACCGUAUACACCUGAAAGAAGCCCCGUUCCACAUCGAUCACCAACAACAACGCGAAAUACGACACGCACUCCCGCGAGAAAUCGAGAACUCAAUAGGUCUUUGAGCCACAGAGAGCAUAUAAACAAAGAUGAAGACAGCUGUGGGGACAAUGGCUUUGAAUCACUGGACGAAUUUGUAGUCAGUGACAAUGAUGAAAUCAGCUACCAUGAGACAUCCGACCCUGAAACAGAGGAGGAAAAAGCCCCAACGCCAGUCGCGCCACCAAAAUCUGCACGGAAGAAACUCAUGAGAGGAAGAAGGCCAAACACUAAAGCAGAAGAGGAAUCUGUGAAGAUUCUAGAGCCCGAAUCUGAACUCAAGCCAAAACCGAAAAUCUUGGGGACAAUAAAACCUUCGCCCGCAAAGUCUAGACACAACACUCAGACUCAGAAACUGUCUCACGACGACUUUGAUCUAUCAACGCAUUUUAAAACACUUGACCUUGAUGAGGACAAUGGGCCCGCCUCUCAGCUAGAGACCGAUCUUACACAAUCUGUCAUUGAAAUGAGUCCUCCACCAGAAGACAUGUAUAGAGUGAAGAAGAAAACCCACAUACCACCCUCUACUUCAUCACAAACCCUUCUGCGCACCCCCACGAAACAGAAAAACCGCAUCCCACCAACACCACAUAGGGAGAGUGUUGAUGCCUUUUGGAGUCAAGAGGAGACCGUCGCCUGGAUCGAUCAGCAUUCACCAGAGAAGCCUCUAGGCCAAACAGUGAUCGAGCUGCUUCAGGAUUUUGAUGAUUCCGACACCGAUGGCACCGGUCGUGACUCUACCUCCAGCGCUGAGCCGGGAUCAACACCGCCAGUGAUGCAAAAGCAGCCCAAGACCCCCAGCAAGACGGCCCUUAAAAAGGCAGAGGUAGAGAAGAAUAAAGCCGCAAAGGCUCGCCGUCUGUCAUUCAAUAACAAGAAGGACGACUUCGCCCAGGCUUUCCUGACUGUCCUUGACGAUGCAGUUGCGGAGGGCAAGGUCUGUCAACUGGCCGUGGCUACUGGCGGUGUGAAAAUCACUUGGUCGAAGACACUCCAGAAGACCGCAGGUCGGGCUCAAUGGAAGGGUGAGCGAUUUCGCGACAGGGAAGGCCGUGUCAACACCAAACACCAUGCCUCUAUCGAACUGGCCGAGCGCAUCAUCGACGACGAAUAUCGCCUGAUCAAUACCCUUGCCCACGAAUACUGCCACCUUGCCAACUACAUGAUCUCCAAUGUCCGUGACCAACCCCACGGCGCAAGCUUCAAGCAAUGGGGACUCAGAUGCAAAGAAGCCUUGAAAGAUCACCCAGUCUAUGGUGGACGGAUCAACGUUACAACAAAGCAUACUUACAAGAUCGACUACAAGUAUGUUUGGUCCUGCGUGGGAUGUAGCCAGACAUAUGGUCGCCAUUCGAAAAGUAUCGACCCCAAUCGAAGCCGAUGUGGCAACCCGAGCUGCAAUGGUCGAUUGGAGCAGAUCAAACCGAAGCCUCGGAAUUUAUCGCCGAAGAAGAACGCUGCUACGCCGGCGACGCAACGGAACGUGAUGGACAAUGUUGCGAAGGAGCUUGGGGGGAUUUACUUUGUAACCGUGCCAUCAUUUUGA